AUCUCAAGUACAAUCCAGAAAGAGAUAAUGGAGAGAGCCGUCUCAGAAGCAUUCCCGAUUGGUUACUUCGUGUAAAAGGUAUCAAGAGAGUUCGACAUGUGUUGGACACAAGACAUGUUGGUCAAACUAAAUAGGUUCUUCUUCUCUCUUUCUCCUAUGGCCGACCCUCCCACCAGUCCUCCUGGCGGCAGCCACGAAAGCGGCGGUGAACAAAGCCCUAACACUGCUGCUGCCGUUCGUGAACAAGAUCGUUUUCUUCCCAUCGCUAAUAUUAGUCGGAUCAUGAAGAAAGCUUUACCUGCUAAUGGAAAGAUCGCUAAAGACGCUAAAGAUACCGUCCAGGAAUGUGUUUCUGAAUUCAUUAGCUUCGUUACUAGCGAGGCGAGUGAUAAGUGUCAGAAAGAGAAGAGGAAGACUAUUAAUGGUGAUGAUUUGCUUUGGGCUAUGGCCACGUUGGGAUUUGAGGAAUAUAUUGAUCCCCUUAAAUCCUACCUUAAUAGAUACAGAGAGUGUGAUGCUAAAGGAUCUUCAAGGGGUGGUGAUGAAUCUGCUAAGAGAGAUGCAGUUGGAGUCUUGUCUGGUCAAAAUUCCCAGCAAUAUAUGCCGCCGGGAGCAUUGGCCUACAUUAACACUCAAGCUAUAUUUGGGGACAAGACUGUAGACGACUGGCAAUGAUAUACGCCGGGCUUGCUAAAACAUUUGACUAUUAAUUUAUGAUGACAUGAUCCGCCUUUGCUAACUUUGAGCUUGAUGGUUUGAAGAACCAGGGUACCUUAAAAAGGUUAUGAGUACAAAUCCUCAUGGCGGCGUGCGUGAAUAAAUGUCUUAUGAGCUCCCUUUUUUGGGUACUAAAAAUUGUGGGGUUUGCACGGUAGCCUUUUGUUAAAAUAAGUGGAAGUCUGUAGAUCGUGUGUGUUUAAAUGGGUUAGAAUGAAAAGCAGUGUUGAAAUGUUAAAUUUUGGCGGGCCUUUGAUUUUUAGCAUUUUUAUGCGUAUUUAAACUUCGACAAGAUCUUCGAAUUGAGGACCAUCUAGUAGAUUGUAAAUUUUAUCUUUUAUUUGAUUGAUAUCUAAACCCUUUCCAACUUCCUGUUUUGGAUCAAAAG